AUGAAAGGUUUGACUGACAAGAAGAAAAUUGCUCAGCUCUUGUGUAAUUCUAUAGGAUCAAAUGAUGACGAUUAUUCAAGUGACAACUCUUCUGAUUACGGAGUGCACAAAAUUGAUUCGAUCUACCAGAACUUUGAUGUCGUAGAUUUAUUUAAAGUUAGACAUGAUUCAGACAAGUACAUUGUUUCUGUCAGUAUUAAUGGAAGAUCACAAUGUUAUAAAGUUGACAGUGGGGCUAAAUUUUCUCUCCUUGCGAAGAAUGACUUUGGACGUCUACAUCUGAACGUACCUGUAGAACCAUCAAGGCCAUCUUUCCGUUCAUACUUUGGAGACAUAACCAAACCAGAGGGAAAGGUAUCAGUUUCUGUAUCAUACAAGGGUAAACAGUUCAAAGGUGACCUUCACAUUGUCCCUUCAGGUCAUGACGCACUUCUAGGGCGCCAAUGGAUCCGAGGACUGGGUAUUGAGCUGUGUGAAAUUGACGCUGAAAUGAACCGACCAGCUACUACCCUUCAAUUACAACCAGUAAAUUCAGUUGAGGAACUGUUUGAAAAAUUUGCGCCAAUUUUCGGGCCAAAAAUUGGAUGCGUUCCAAACUUUACAGUAUCAUUACAUCUUCGAUCAGGAGCAAAGCCUAUUUUCAAUCGUGAACGGAACGUUCCUCAUGCUCUUAUUGAUCAGGUCAACAAGGAACUAGAUUUACUUGAAAUUGAAGGAAUCAUUUCACCUGUUACGUCAAGUGGUUGGGGGUCACCACUAGUCGUGAUACCUAAGGCAGAUGGAAGUGUUCGUCUCUGUGUCGACUACAAAUGUGAUGUUUCAACUGUCACUUCUCCUUUACGAUGUUUGUUACGUAAAAAUAAGAAAUGGGAAUGGACACCAGAAUGUGAAAAGGCUUUUCAACGAAUCAAAACUGAGCUGUGCAGUAACAGGAUACUCUUACCUUUCGAUCCAAAACUACCGUUAGUCCUCACCACGGACGCUUCACCUACUGGACUAGCUGCAGUUCUUAGCCACUUAAUUGAUGGAACUGAGAGACCAAUUGCUUACAACUCACGUUCACUCACUGAUGCCGAAUGUAACAAUAGUCAACUAGACCGGGAAGCAUUGGCCAUAGUUUUUGGUGUCUCCCACUUCUAUUAUUACUUAUUCGGGACUCGAUUUCAACUUGUAACAGAUAAUCAGCCCAUAUCUAGGAUCUUCAGACAUGACAAGGCUCUACCACAAAUGACUUCAGCUCGUUUACUCAGAUAUUCAUCAUAUCUGUCAGGUUUCAAUUACAAGUUGGUGUUCAAAAAGGGCAUGGAAAAUAAAAACGUGGAUUGUUUUUCAAGAGCUCCUCUUACACAGACUCACUCUACUAAAGACAAGAAAAUCGGAAAAGAGGUACACCAAAUCUGCAGCCAAGUUAUUUUUCAAAUUUCAAGCCAUGAAAUCACAGUUGAAAUCAUUAAGAACGAGACAGCCAAAGAUCCAGUGCUCUCUAAGAUUUUGAAAGACCUUCUCACCAAUUCAACUGAUUCUGAUUUUACUUUGGUCGAAAACAUUAUUUUCCGGGGAGAAAGAGUUUACAUUCCAUCACUACUUAGAAACAAGAUUCUAAAUGAACUUCACGAAAGUCAUCUUGGAAUCACAAAAAUGAAACAGCUAGCACGGCGCUAUGUUUACUGGCCAAAUAUUGACAAGGACAUUGAGCAUCUUGUGAAAGGAUGUGAAAAUUGUGCACUACCACGGUCAAAUCCGCCCAAAGCUCCCAAUCACCCGUGGGAAAUCCCAAAAGAAAACUGGGAAAGAAUCAAAGAAUACACAUUGUCUACGCAGGACCGUUUCAAGGCUUCAACUUCCUCGUGUGUAUUGAUGCUAGAUCAAAAUGGGCGGAGAUAA